AUAUGCAGCAUUCCGUUUACACUCGUCGUUGUCUUCGUCUUCUUCUUCUUCUUCUUCUUCUUGCUGUUGUCAUUGUGUGUGUUUGGAAAUGUUUAGCUGCCAUUCACAGACGUGAGGGGGGCCUGAGCUUUGCCUCCUACUAUGGGGACCACAUGGUGCUGCAGAAGUCUCCAGAGAGAGCUGUGCUGUGGGGCUAUGGCUGUGAUGGAGCACAGGUGACCCUCAUCCUGUCAGGACCAACAAAACAGAAAACCUCACAGGUCAAUGUGACAAAUGGAAUCUGGCGAGUCACCCUCGACCCUGUUGAAGCUGGUGGUCCCUACAAUGUGACAGCAGUCACCAAGGACAGCAGUGCCACUCUGACAGAUGUGCUGUUUGGAGAUAUUUGGCUGUGUGGGGGGCAGAGCAACAUGUGGUUUAACAUGUCUAUGGUUUUCAAUGCAUCAGAGGAGCUGAAACUCUCAGAGAAGUAUCCUGAUGUGAGGUUUUUUAUGGCGGCUUUGAACCAGAGUAAAACUGAGCUGCUUGAUUUGACUGACGUGGAAAUUCCCUGGUCUGUGGCCCCAACAAAUCUGGAAGGUUUCUCUGCAGUCUGCUGGCUCUAUGGACGUUACUUGUACGACAUGCUUAAGUACCCCAUAGGACUGGUGGAGUCGUGCUGGGAAGGCACACCUGUCGAAGUCUGGUCAUCUGCAAGAGCACUGCUGCGGUGUGGACAAGACUUUGCCGGUCCUAAAAAUGAUUCUGUCUUGUGGAAUUCAAUGAUCCACCCGCUGCUCAACAUGACCAUCAAAGGAGCCAUCUGGUACCAAGGUGAGGCAAAUACGUACUAUCAUAAAGACAAGUACGCCUGCACCUUCCCUGCUAUGAUCGAUGACUGGAGGAAGUCGUUUCACAAUGGCUCAGGGGGAAAAACGGCGAUAGACUUCCCUUUUGGAUUUGUCCAGCUGUCCACAGACAAUAACAACUCUGUCAGUGUAUUCACUCCGAUUGUCCGCUGGCACCAAACGGCAGACUUCGGCUAUGUCCCGAAUGAUCGGAUGCCGAAUACCUUCAUGGCCGUGGCUUUGGAUUUACCAGAUCCAGAUUCACCCCUUCGCCCGAUCCAUCCUAGAGACAAGCAGGAUGUAGCCUACAGACUGACACUGGGAGCAAGGGCAGUGGCUUAUAAUGAGAAGGGCGUGGCCUUCCAAGGACCUUUCCCCAAACCAAUUCUGUAUAAAGGAACGCAAGUCAUCGUUAACUACAACCAGGAAAUCUCUGUCAACAAGUCUGUUCACAUCUUUGAGAUCUGUUGCACAGAGACUCAAGUUUCAUGUGGGUCUAAGUCUCACUGGGUUCCGGCUCCCAUCGUGUGGAGUAAUAAGACCUCUGUCGAGUUGUCUACGCGUUGUAAGCCUUCUCAAGAAGUGGGUGCCCUCCGUUACGCAUGGAGCGCCAGCCCCUGCCUCUUCAAAGCCUGUCCAAUCUACAGCGCCGAUAAGAGUUUGCCUGCGCCUCCUUUUAUUUUCAACCGCUAUUCACCCUAAGGAAAGGAGAGAAGGAAACUGUAAGAUGACAAAGUGAUGUAGUGAUAAAGUGCCUUUUUGUUUCUUUAGGUCAAAACUUUGCCAUACAAUCUUAAAGGGAAUGUUUUUUUGUUUUUUUUUAGACUUGACUGUCAAGUUUUUUUUCUCUUUACAAUCAGUAUGGGUGAGUUCUAGGUAGAGUGGGGCAGUGCCAGAUCCUAUGAAUCGUCAAGCAGUAAGCAACACUUACAAUUCAUGGCAUCUGGAUACCAAACUUAUCUCAACAUUUAUUUUACCUUCUUUUUUACCACAGU